AUGAGUAAAGGUCCAAGUGACGUUGUGCCUCUUCUGGUGAAAGACAGAAUUGUGCCUGGAACACCUCCAAGACCACACAAGCAUAUGGAAAAUGGGAUGAAAAAAGGUGACACUCCGGACUUCCCUCUAGUCCCCAGCAAGUCAUCGCUGAUUGUGUUCACAACUAAUAUGGAUUCUAAAAUAAAAAUGGGUGACAGCAGGAAAAGUGAGGAUAUUGAUUCCCCGCAAACACCUGCAAACCCUUUGCUAAGGGAAGGGACUGGAAUAAACCCUCGAGGGAAUAUACGAAGGCCUCCAAAAAACCUUCUGUUUAAGACAGUUUCUGAAGGUGAUGAGGAACAAUUAAAGAGGCUUCUCGUAGAAGCAAAGGAAUCAUCUGCUGGGCUUACAGAGAAGGGUGCACAAGAUUUUUUCAUGUACAAGCUGACAGCAAAGGACACCGGAAAAACCUGUUUGAUGAAGGCAUUAUUAAACAUCAAUGAAAACACGCCUGAAGUUGUGCGUAGCCUCAUUUCGUUCGCGGAAGAAAACAAUUUCUUGGACAGAUUUAUUAAUGCUGAAUAUACGGAAGAAAACUACAAAGGUCAAACUGCACUAAAUAUAGCCAUUGAAAGAAGACAAAGUGAUCUUGUGAAAUUCCUAAUUAAGAAGGGAGCCAAGAUUAAUGUGCGGGCUCAGGGACGCUUCUUUAACCCAAAGAAUAAACAUGAAGGAUUUUAUUUUGGUGAAACUCCGCUAGCUUUGGCAGCCUGCACCAAUCAACCAGAAGUGGUACAGCUACUUAUGGAAAACAACAAGACAGAUGUUACCAUCCAGGACUCUUUGGGAAACACCGUCCUCCAUGCUUUGGUGACUGUAGCCGAACAUUCCGAGGCACAAAACGCCUUCAUAAUACGCAUGUACGACACAAUUCUGAUGACCUGUAAGAAUAAGUCUUUGGAAAGCAUUGUAAACAAUAAGGGUCUGACACCGAUGCAACUCGCAGCCAAAACUGGAAAGACAGAGAUCCUGCAUUACAUACUCAGUCGAGAAAUAAAAGAUAAAGAAAAUCGAGUACUCUCUAGAAAAUUCACAGACUGGGCUUAUGGACCUGUCUCGUCGUCUCUGUAUGACUUGAAUGAUAUAGACACUACCUCUCGGAAUUCACUACUUGAAAUUGUGGUUUACAACACAAACAUUGAUAACCGACAUGAAUUGUUGGCUUUGGAGCCUCUUCAGACCUUACUUCAAAUGAAAUGGAAAAAAUUUGCAAGAUAUAUGUUCUUUUUGUCUUUUCUACUCUCCUUCACAUACAACAUUGUCCUAACUCUUGUCUCAUAUUACCGACCGCGUGGAGAACAGGCUCUGUAUCCAUUAAGUCUGGCUCAUGAUAAGGGAUAUCUGCAGCUAUUUGGACAAAUGUUCAUCAUUGUUUGUGCUACAUACUUAAUGAUCAAAGAGGGUGUGGUGAUAUUUUUGGUCAGACCCUCGGAUCUACGAUCAGUUCUGUCCGAUUCCUGGUUCCAUGUCUUGUUUUUCAUACAAGCGGUCCUGGUGGUACUGUCCGUCUUCCUUUACUUAUUUGGCGUUAAAGAAUACCUGGGAUUUCUUGUCUUGGCUAUGGCACUCGGAUGGGCAAACAUGCUUUUUUAUACAAGAGGAUUUCAGUCACUGGGAAUGUAUAGCGUAAUGAUUCAAAAGGUCAUCUUGAAUGAUGUGCUGAAGUUUUUAUUUGUAUACAUUCUAUUUCUAUUUGGAUUUGGAGUUGCUCUCGCUUCAUUAAUUGAACACUGUGUGGAUGAAGAUGAGUGCAGCGCCUACAAAAGCUUCAGUACGGCGAUAGUGGAACUGUUUAAACUCACCAUAGGAUUAGGAGACUUGGAGAUCCAACAAGGUUCCAAAUAUCCCGUGCUAUUUCUGCUUCUUCUCAUAGCCUACGUUAUCUUAACAUUCGUGCUCCUACUCAACAUGCUCAUUGCAUUAAUGGGGGAAACGGUAGAGAAGAUCUCGAAGGAGAGUGAACACAUCUGGAGGCUGCAGAGAGCAAGAACUAUUUUAGAGUUUGAGAAGAGUUUGCCAGCGUGGCUGAAGUACAAAUUUCAGCUCGGAGAAUCGUGUUUGGUUUCGAAAAAUGACAACAGAACGUGUUUAAGGAUAAAUGAAGUUAAAUGGACAGAAUGGCACAAUCAUGUCACGUGUAUAAAUGAAGAGCCUGGUUUUGCCAUGCAUGCAGGGAGCUGUGCCAAUUUGAAUUGGGAAGAUGAACCUGAUAGCUUUGAAAAAAAUCAUGAAACUACAAUUGACUUAGCAGAACAAAACGAACCAGCAAUAGAGACCACUGUUUAGACAAUUCUUAUUUGAUUGCACAUUUGUACUGAGUUCUCUCAACCAAUGAGUGCCUCCGUGCACUGCUGGACUUAGCUCAGUGCAGGAGAUUCUGGGCAGAGGAGGCGGUGUCGGGAGACUGGCAUACCCAAGGUAUGCUGUCAAACCAUUCUUAUAAGUUUGACUACUUACACUGGGAGGGCGCCACGGCACUAUUAGCACCAUAACCACUACAGCGGGCUGUACUAGGUAUGGGGCUUGGAAUGUUUAUUUAGAGCAGUGUUUUCCGAACUCUGGCUCUCAAUAUGUUUCUGUACUAUAACUUCCAUGAUGCUUUGAAUGAAUUGGCUAGCCAGAGAAUCAUGGGAGUUGUAGUUCAUCAACAUGUGGAGGGCCAGAGUUUGGAGAAACUGCUGUUUUAGAGCAUUCGGUUAUCUACACCUUGGCCUAACGUUUGCUACCUGUGUUUAAGUCACACUACCUCGCCGAUUAGUGACUAAAACACCUGGAUGUAGAAUUUAUAUUUUGUUUGUUUUUUGAGUAAUAUCUGUAGAGCAUUUA